AUCUGUAACACGAUAAUCAGUAUGACAAACAGAGAUUAUAAUUACUCAUAACAAUCACUGAAGGAGUUAAUUUUUUAGUGAAAUUAAAUAAAUAAAAAAAAAUAUGGUGUUAAAAAUUUUGUUAUGUGCCGCGUUGUUUGUGGGAGUUCAAAGUGAAAAUUUGACGGCAUAUAAUUAUCAUAUGAAGAUUGGUAUACCUCGAGCUCAGAGCUUGAUGAGUUCAGAAUUGAUGGGUAGGAUCGUGGGGGGCAGCCAGGUGACCACGCAGUCUUCCUUUCCAUUUCAGGCUGGACUAAUUGCAACGCUCACAACUGGCUGGACGUCCAUCUGCGGAGGGUCCCUUCUCUCUUCCACCAAGGUCCUCACUGCAGCUCACUGUUGGUGGGACGGCCAAAGCCAGGCCAGACUCUUCACUGUGGUCCUCGGCUCUCUUACUAUCUUCACUGGAGGAACAAGGAUAGAAACAUCAGACAUAGUCGUCCAUCCGAAUUGGAACACCAAUGCGAUAACUCAUGAUAUCGCAAUGGUGACGAUUAAGAGUGUCAGUUUUAAUAAUAAUAUCCAAAGUAUUCCAAUUCCGACAAUGGCGGAUGUAAACCAAGAUUUUUCGGGAUCGACGGCAGUUGUGUCUGGAUAUGGAAAAACAAAUGAUGCUCAAACCAGCUUCCCAACAACGUCAGCUCUACAUCAGACCACAGUUAAAGUCAUCACCAACGCGGUCUGCCAGAACAGCUUCCAGAUCACUCUCCAUGGAAGCCACCUUUGCACCAACGGUGAUGGGGGAGUGGGGUCCUGUGAUGGGGAUUCGGGGGGGCCUUUGACUACUGUGUGGAAGAAUCAGAGGACUUUGAUUGGCGUGGUGUCGUUUGGCCUAGGUGACCGCUGCCAAUCGGGAUAUCCAUCCGUCUAUACUAGAGUUACUGCUUUCCUUAACUGGAUCCAAGCUCAUUUAUAGAGAUUUUUCUUGUAUUAUUACCUACAUACAUAAUACCACGUCUCUAUCCAGGAGGGGUAGGCAGAGACUAGAUCUUUCCGCUUAUCACGUUGUAUAAUUCUACAAUCAUGAGAUGCUUAUGCAUAAUCAUAAAUGUGUGAUACAAACUUUAUACACUGGUUGUUUGGAUGAAAUUGCUAUAAUAAACGAUAAGAUUACUACAUCUAGUUAUUUGCUAUUUCCACAAAAUUGUUUUAUUUUUGUGUGCAUAAAGAGUUAUUCAUUCAUAAAGUAAGCUUGAUCCAGUUUUAUAUUGCACAAUCGUUGUAACAGAUCAGUAUUAUAAUUACAGUUCAUCUGCAAACAGCCUUGUAUUUAUUCUUGAGUCACAUUGGAGCAAUAAACAAUUUGAUUACUGUGAA